CACUUCAUUUAGUUUUUUUUUUACGGAUUAUCCAUUUCUAUUUCGACUCAUAGCUUAGUCGAAGAUAAAGAAAGGACUUUCCAUUUAAACCUGCUUCUUACUCGAAACUUAUAUUGGUACCAAAGAAGUACAAAGUUAGUUUCUUUUUUUUUAAAAAAAUAUUUCCCCUCAAUUCGUUGGAGAGGCCCUACAAGAAAAAUACAAUCCCGCAGUCUAAAACUUUAUAACAAGUAUAUCCUGAGUAAAGAAGUAUAAUACCAACUUCUACUAUAGUUACUUGACACUAUCACCACGCCCCACCAAAUAAAUUUUAAGAGUCCACCAUAACUUUUAAGAUGAUGGACGUGAAGAAGAAGGAUCCAGCCAAUAGGCCGUAUAAAUGCCCCAUGUGUGACAAGGCGUUCCAUAGACUUGAACAUCAAACAAGACAUAUCAGAACCCAUACUGGAGAAAAACCUCAUAGUUGUUCAUUCCCUGGUUGUUUCAAAAAAUUCUCAAGAUCUGAUGAAUUAACCAGACAUUCAAGAAUCCACACAAAUCCAAACUCCAGAAGAAAUAAGAAUUUAAAUAAGACUGUUCUGGGCGGAAGUUCGAGCGGUAAUUCGCCACCAUUGACAGGCGACUUGACCAGUGCUCAUUUAGACUCCUCCCCACCAGACUCGUCUUCCUCGACCUCCUUGAUAAACCAUUUGACCAAAAAGAGAAGUGCAAGCAGAUCCCCUGGUUUGGAAUCUCCACCUGAUAUAUCCAUGAAAAAUGAGUCUAGUGGCUCUGAUGAAGAAAUAAGUGUCUCGGGAGGUCUACCAAAUUCUAAACCUACUCCAAGUAAUGCUACCUCUUCCAAUUCAAAUUCGGACGCCACCACGGGUCAAGAACUUGCUAGACCGCCAAGUACAAUGAAUAUUGAUAUAUUAGCUAGUGCUGCUUCUGAAGAGUUGAAGAAUUUGGAAACUACCAAUUCUAAAUCUUUACCAUCGCUCACUGAUUACUUUGGGGUUGGUAAGAAUACGAUACCUCAACCUUCCACAUCUACCAAACCAAAACCUAUCCAACAGACCAAAUCACAACAACAAGUUAUCUCUCCAAAAUUGGCUCGACCCCUGCUUAAGAAUUCGCAUUCUUAUUCUACCAACUCACUUCAAUACCUUUCCAACAUUGCUAUUUUAAAUAAUAACAAUGCCAACACUCCUACCAACAACCUUAAUACUAAUUCCAAUGGUUUAUACCCUGGAGGAACCACUCACAACACCAACCUGCAUUCUAAGAGUUAUACCACAUUAUCAAAUAGCACCAAGACGCAUUUGAACACCCUUUCCACUCUUCAAAGAAUGACACCAUUAGUUCAACCAGUACCUCAUAAAUCACACAUUCUUGAAGAUUCUGAUUUGGAUUAUGUUAAACAGAAACUCAAGAAAUCAAGACCAAAUUCACCCCUGGGUAGUUCUUCUCUGAGAACAUUUACAUUGCCCAAUUCUCCAGUUCUUGGAUUGUCUUCCAAUGUAACCCCCAUUCUCUCGGCAAACAAUAGUUCCACUAAUUUAUCUGGAUUGUUCAUGACUCCAGUGGUUGGAAGAGAUACAACCCAGCAACUGCAUCAACGAGCUAGAACACCACCCAAAUCCACAAGUAGUUUGCACACACCCAAGUUCUCACCAGACCAGUCAAAGGGCGCUCUCAGUAGCAGCUAUGGCUCAGCCAACGAAGAAUCCCAUGCAUUGCCACCAUUAAGAAGCUUAAACCUUGAUUUGCCAACAAACUUGUCCAUGCCCACUUUCAAUCGCAUAACUCUGGACUUUUCUGAACCGCCGUUAAUCUUUAAAAAUUCACCUAGAACACUCAGUUCAAGUUCAGGGAAAAGCGGGCAAUUAAGAAAGUAUUUGGAAGAGGGAAAUUAAUAGAGAAUAAGGAUAUAGUUCAUGUAAUUUAGUGUAUUAUAGAUCAAACCGGAA